AUCUUCUGUAAUAUCAUUAAAGAUUAAAAUGAUUCCAAACAUAGGCGGAAUACUAACUGUAGAGCAAAAAACUACUACUUAAAUAGUCCUUUAUUCUAUGACAUGCAAGGGUUCAAAAAUCUAUUACCUUGAUUAAUAAGGCUAAACACAUUGCUUUUGUGUGUUAUUCAUCGGAGAAACAAACCAAACUCGGGAGAGGGGAAGAAAACCAUCCUUCUCAAUUUAUUUGACUUACAGGAAGUUUGCCAACAUAUGGGACUCCCUUCAGCAGAAUAUCACUAGUGGGCUUCUCUCUCGUUUUAACAUAGGCAAUGGCUGGAGAUAUAGUCUAUGCUGACAUCAACAUUGCCAGGACUCUUUCUUCGGAACAUUCCUCUUCACUACAGAGAUCCGAGUCUCACCACCAUGGAAUUUUCUUGAAAGUUGAAUGUGCAAUGAUUGUCAUUCUUCUUGUAAUAGUAAUUGUGCUGAGCAUUUUUGUUAUCCAGUUCAAAUCUGCAAGACAUAUUAAAGGGGAUAAUGAAUCAAAGGAGAAAUACUGUGCCAGGCAAAAUGAAUCUGAAACACUCACCUCAAUAGUUUCUUCCAAUUCUUCUACCACUCAUAAACCAUGCCCCUUCAAAGACUGGAAGCUACAUGGGGGGAAAUGUUACUGGGUUGCAGAAAAAAAGAAAUCUUGGAAUGAAAGUAAAAAUGACUGUGCCCAGAAAGAUUCACAUCUCAUGGUGAUCCGAGACUUCACUGAUAUGAGUUUCCUAUGGCAAAACCUGAAUAUAUUGGAGUUUUAUUGGGUUGGUUUGAACAUUCCUCCUGGAGGGAAAUCAUGGACCUGGGUGGACAACAACACUUUUGACCCCCAUCUGUUUUCAAUAGAAGAAAAUAAACCAUGGACCCGGAGAAUGAAAUGUGCCAAGGUGUCUUAUACUAAGAUAGCUGAAGAAAAUUGUGCAGAAAAUAAUCAUUGGAUUUGUCAACUGUAAUCCACUGGGCAGAAAAUUGGUCUAUUUUUGUCUGACUGAGAGACACCACAUGAAGUUUGAGCUCCGGUCAUAAGAAAGUUUAGAGAGCUGCAUGUGUCCUAGAGGGCUGUGCAUGCAUAUGUAUGUGUGUCCAUUUAUGAUUCAUGUGGGUAAAGUACUAUUUCUCAGAAGUGACAGAGAAAAUAAAAUGUUUUAGAAGUUGAUGGAUAGAUUUUUA